AUAAAGUUUUGGCACCAAGUAAUGUCAUUGCCCAAAAAAACUCGGAAGCUAAGGAAAAAAUAUAUAUUUGUUGUACGAAAUAGUUAAUGUUAUUAUACGCGAACUUAGACCUAACAAGCAAUCCUACAUAAAUUAGGGGUUAUUCUCAACUGAAACCAUCAUUCUUCGAGCUAUCUAUUCAACUUCAGAUUUAAAGCAAAAAAAAUGUCUUCUCAAAAUAUUAAUUGAAAAAUCGGGUUUGUCAAUUGUUUAUUGUCUUAAUAUGGCCCAUAAAUAUAUUAUUUACUAAUUAUAGGUUAACCCAAUCUGUAUUUCUUUAACAUAGGGGAUUUCUAUUUUAUGUUGUUAAAUAAAAAAAUUAAUGUUAACAUUCCAAAUUCUUACACUAAUUUUCGAUUAUAUUCAAAUCUUAAUCAUCGAUAAGUUAAUAAAAAAUAGAAAAUACUUUUAUUAAUAUGACUUUAAAAUAUCCAAUUAUAAUUGUUCUCCGUCUAAAUACAUGAUUACAUAAAUAACCCACAGUUAUAUAUAUAUAUAUAUAAAAUUAUAUAUAAAUCUUAAAAUUUUCAAAAGUCAUAUAUUAUAUAACUAUGCUUUGGCGUAGGUCUUAUCGUAGUUAAUUUUUUUUUUGGUGUAAAUGUUAAGUUAUCGUAGUUAAUUAUUACAAAUAUUCCUUAUAAUAAUUAUUUAUUACAAUACGCAUGCAUUUUAAUAUCUUUUGGCCGUACAUAAAUAUUACCUAUUUACCUUCAGAUAAUUCCAACAUUCAGUAUUUGUGUUUUACAAAUGACACACGUAUCAAGAAAAGUACAUAUCGAACAAGUGGGAACAAAAAUUACAAGUGCUUUCUCCUUUGGACGCAUCACAAAGACAAAGGUCCACGCGCAUUCGUGAGUGACAACACACAGAGUGACAGAGAUACACACCUAUAUGUGUAUGUUAUGUACACACAAGUUUGUGCAUAUCAGAGUUUCAGAAUAUUGCCAUUUUUACGUGUGGAAAAACAUCAGCAUAUAUACAAAAAAAAAAGUAAAAGGUGAUAAAUUAGUGGGGGCAGAUGGAAAUUAUGGAAUAUAUUACAUCUAAUUAACUACUGCCACCUUAAUCGCAUAUUUGACAAAAAUGUUUUGUCGUUUACUUCUCUUAUUCAUUACAGGAUUGCAAUUACAACUAGGAUGGAGAAAUAAAGAUUUCAACGUUUACCUUUGAAAAAUGCCUAGAAACUAAUUUGACACCAAUUCACAAUCAGGUUGGACACAAUCUGUCACCCCAACUUUGGUUUUGCAUUUCGCAAUGAAGAAACUUUGUUACUGGCGAUUGGCGAAUUUAUCAAUGACAUGUUCUUUAUUAUAUAUAUGCAAAUGUUUCUUACAUAUAGAUAUGCAGUGUAUUAAGAUCAACAACGCAUAAGUUAUCAUUCCUAAAUAUCUCAUCUUUAAAUGUGUUCAAUCAGUUGAGUUGACGGCCCUUGAGUUUGAAUAAAUGUGUAUUUUGAUGUUACUAGCUUUUGAAUUCGCUUCGCAAACAAAAUUGGGAUGAUCUGUUCCAAUACAGUCAAUCUAUCAACUAUACCAUGGACUAUACCUAAUCUACGAAAACAUCAAGUUUAAAGCUCUUUUGUUUCUUCUAUUUUCUCCAAUUUUAUUUUUGUAUUUUAUAUAAAUAAGAGACAUGUAACAUAUUAUGCGGAGGAAUCUUCAUUUUCUACAAGUUAGAAAAUUUGGGAGUUUCGGGAUUGGAAUAGUCUAAAUAGUUGGAUUAGUGUUGUAACAAAAACAUAUAUAUAAUUGGAUAAGUGUUUCAGUUUUUAUAUCUGUCUUUUGAGGUUAAUUAAAGUUAGUAGUUUGACAAUAUCUACUCCCGUUAUACAAACAUUACAGUGAUGCGAUACCUACAUCACUAAUAUAUACAUACUUUUGAUUUGGUAAUAGUUUCGUUGUUGUAGCUAACUAAGAAGCGCUGCAUAAUGCUAUUUUGACUCGUUAUUGUUGAGUCAGUUCUCGCACAAUUAUACAUAUGGAUGUAUUUGUAGAUAUCAUACAAUCGUAUAAAGUCUGUAGCAAGAAGCAUUUUUUUGUAACAUUUAGCAAGGAGCAUAAUUUUAAGAAUGUGGCCGUGGAAUAUGGCUCCAUAAUUAUUUAUAAUAUAGUUCAUUUGUGAAUGGAUAAAGGCAAACCAAAAGACAUUUCGUUACAGAAAAAAAGAGAGCUUUAGCUAGUACCUCAAAAAUCAAAGAAGUCCUUUUUUCCUUGCUUAAUAUGUCCAAUGAGCUGACCAAAUUCCACCAAACUUAUCCCUAAUAUGUCCCCCAUUUAAGUAAUAAAUUAACUUCAGAGUAUGAGCUAAACCAAAUAACGAAUUUCUUUACAAAAAGGUGAUAUGUUGAUAUGGUUGAGAGAAGUAGAAAGAUAACGUUGUCUUGAUUGUGGCAUCAAAAUAUUACCAAAUAAUAGCACACCCAAUAAAUCCUUAAGAACUGGCUUGCUCGAUCACUAACUACGUGUCGUUGUUAAGCUUCUCGGACGACUGGUAGUUGUAACGUGCAACUCGUGAUUUUUUUCAUAAGUAGUAGACGUGUUACUUUUAUUUUAUCUAUAUUUUAUCAAAUUAUUUUCCUUCUAUAUUAAUGUCAGUCCAUUCGAUAAUAUUGUAUUUGUUCGGACCGCUGGGAAGUCGCAGGUCGCAGCCUAUAACCUAACGUAUAUUGCGAAGAGUAUAAAUGAAUCCAUAUUCACAUAAGGUAGUAUCGUAAGAAAAGAAAACCUCAUUUUAUGACUAUGGAUGUCAAUGCACCAGUGGCAGUCAGCCAUGCAUCAUAAAUAAACUAUUUCAUACUCGUUUGAUCACCAAAACAUUUAUGACCAAGCUGUUACAUUAAUCACCAAUUUGUUACAAAAAGAGAACGUACCCACGUUUUAUAAAUAUCAAGGUAUGCCGUCCGUCGUUAGAAAAAAAAAUUCAUAUUCAUUUGAUCAUCCGCAAAACAUUUAUAUGAACAAGUUGUGUGUUUUGAAUCGAAUUGUCAACUCGCAAGUUGUUACAAAGAAAGAUGUAGCCACGUUUCAUAGAGUCACUUAUAUAUAAAUUUUCUAAAGCUAAGAACCAAGACUAAGCUGAAGUUUUUUCCUAAAUAUAUCAAUUAAAUAUGUUCUAUCUCAAAGAAAACGGUUAAAGAAGUGGGAUAAAUCUAUAAUUCUCAUAAUAAAGACAGAAAGACUUUAUAAUUAUGCUGAAAUUCUUUUCUUUCUUUCUCUUCGACAAGUUCUUCCAAAAUUCUUUAAAUAUUCAGUCUAUAAAAAAAAUAUAUAUACAUAAAGAAGAAAAAGUUUUUUUUUAUAAAGACUUUAUUGGUUUGGAUAUUUCCUAGCACUUCCGUAGAAAUCCUAAUUUCAAACAGGAAACAGGAAAAGUCGUAAAAAAAUAUACAAACUCAAAAUUAUGAGUAAAAAAUAAUAUAAGAAGAUAUUUCUAAUUCCGAAGUUAAGCAAAUCUAAACAAAAAUUGACUCGUUGUAUUAAUUUCCUGAAAUAAUAAUACUGUCAUAAUUUUUCUUUAUAUGAGUUUCUUUGUCAAAUAUGAAUCAAAAAUGAUUUUUCAAAGUGUCUGUUUUGCCACUAGUAGACUCCAAAGAGCCAAAGUUUUGGUGGUGACAUUUGAUAUCUUAAUUAAUUAUAAUUAUAUGAAUUAAAAUGACAACAAAAUAACAUUUUUAUAAUUUUUUUCUAAAGUACCAUUGUUUUCUGUUAAAUUUUCAAAUACUAUUAUACGUAUUUAUACAAUUAUAGUAUUAGUAAUACAACUAAUAAAAAGAAUUGAUAAUUUUUUUAAUACUAGACUUAAUAAUUGUAUUAUUUAUUUUAUAAAACUAGAAAAUACAAUAAUAAUACAUAUUUCAAAUACUAGAAUUAAUAAUUUUUGUGGCAUUAUUAGUUCUUUUUGUAAUUGCAUAAUUUUCAAAUUUUUGUGGUAUUAUUAAUUCUUUUUAUUUCCACAGAGAAAGUAUCAUAAAUUUGUUUCCAAGAAACAUAGACUCGAUUGGAAACUUCCUUAUUGUCAUGCGAGUUCCAAAGGCGGAGAGGGGCUUGAUUUGUGGAUGAACUUGUUGAAGUUAUAUUUUUUUUAUUUUAUAUGAAUGUUUCAAGUUAGGUUACUUAUAGAUGAUAGUUUGGUCAUGCUAAGUCAUUGUAGAAUUCAUAGGAAGAAGCUUCCGAUACCACUAAGAAUAUGGUAAUUGCAUGAGAGUUACAAUAGAUAUAGAGUCAUGGAGAUAUAUACAAAAGAUACAUAACAACAGAAAAAAUCGAAUAAUAAUUGAUGAUGUAUCAUAUCUUCAUUGCUUAUGAAACACCUCACCAGCCAUUCAUCCCAACAUUUCCAGAAGCAUCGACGAAUCUAGUCUCAGUCUAUGAUAAUUUAAUUAGAAGACAUAAUAACAUAGAUGCAGUAUAUUUCAUUCUUGUAAUUAUCAACAUAUUUUUUUGUUUGUAUUCUCUCACAGGUCAUCUGAUAGUGAAUUGUUGUAGAAAAUACCUGUUGAAAUUAGCUUGCUUUUCACAUUGAAGAUCAAUUAAACUCGUUAAUGCGCUUCUGCAAUAUUUUCACAUUAAAAGUUAGAAAUUUAAGUUACUCAACAGUCAUGUGAUUAAUCUAUAUUUAGGGUGCUAACUAUCAAAAGAAUGAAGUUGUACUUCCUCCACAGAUUAGUGAAGGAAAAUAAAUAUAUGACUAUACACGCGAAAUGUGAAAACGGGAGCUGAUUACUCCCUUUUAAAGACUACUUUAAGGAUGGAUUAUAAUUUAAAUACAACAAGUUUGUCUAAAUGCGAAUGUGGAAAUAAUUUGAUGGAGCUGUCUAAGUUAAUCAACCGUUGAAACGGAAAAGCGCAAGAAGAAUUUAGGAGCCACCGUAAAGGGUAUAAAAUUAAUUAUAAUACCAAAAAAGUAUUACGCCAUAACUCGGAUAUAUGACAUCACAUUAUCCUUCUUCUCUGUCUCCCUCCCUAUAUAUACACUUUCAUAACCUUCCUUACCAUAUAUCACUUCACUCUACACACAACACUAGUUUAACUUAUUUCCAACUAAUUAUCCCAAAAGAAAAUAAAUUAUCAGUUUAGUCCCCAAGAAAUCAAGAAUCAUGCUAAAGAUGGAGAUCAAUGGUGGCACUUCGGCUGCUACACCUACUGUCUCGGCCGUGGCUGUCGCCACCGUGAAAGAAACCACCACUCCCAUCAACUCUCCUUCUCCCACUUCUUCACCUCCGCCGCCGCCUCUUUCGCCUCAGCAGACGGUGGUGCUAAGUCCUUGUGCGGCUUGCAAGAUACUGCGGCGGAGGUGCGCUGAGAAAUGCGUUUUGGCGCCGUAUUUUCCUCCGACGGAUCCGGCGAAGUUCACAAUCGCCCACCGUGUCUUCGGAGCUAGCAACAUUAUUAAGUUCUUGCAGGAACUUCCAGAAUCUCAAAGAACAGAUGCGGUUAAUAGCAUGGUUUAUGAAGCAGGAGCUAGGAUGAGAGAUCCAGUUUACGGUUGCGCGGGUGCGAUAUACCAUUUGCAGAGACAAGUGAGUGAACUUCAAGCACAACUUGUGAAAACUCAAGUAGAGCUAGUGAGCAUGCAACUGCAAAGAUCAGAUCUACUGGAAUUGUUAUAUAAAAUGGAACAAACAAAGUUAGCAGCACAAGAGCAAGGACAACAAAAUAUGUCCUUUGAGAGUUCAUUUGAAAGUGGCGACGAGUUCAUUAGUAGCCCCGACGAAGUGACCAAUGAUUUGGGAUUCCUUGAGGACAACAACAACAAUAAUUCAUCAAUGUCGUGGUGGGAUCCGCUUUGGACAUGAUCAUAACUUGUGGUAUUAUUAGCUCACUUUAAAGCGCUUUAGUGGUUACUUCCGUAUGCAUAUUAAAGACCUAGGAUAUGAUAUAUGGGAGUUUGUUUUUAUAUUUAUUUUUUUCUAAGUCAACCAAUCAUAAUAUAAGCACGUAACAAAACUGCUUAAGAUUUGUCAAACAUGUUACGUGUUAGUAUUAUGUAGGGAUAGAAAAAAGAGAGGUUGGCUGCAACUGGAAUGUAUGUUUUUGGAAUAAAAACUUCCAGAAUGCUUAAUUUCUAUGCAUUCCAAAAAUUGUUCACCAUUUACAAAAGAAAAAUGGAAAUGGUAUUCCAUUCAAUUCCA